AUGGAUAACACCAAAGGGGGAGGAGCGCAUGGAAGCGAAGAAGUUGUAGUACUCGCCAGUGAUGAAGCGAUAGCACUUUCCACCGAGGAGGACGUCGGCAACCCCGUCCAGCAAGUUCUACAUGGCAACAAAUUAAAGGCGAACGAAAUCGAGCUAGAACUGAAGGAGUGGAAAACGAAUAAGGAGGACUGCCAGUCCUUUCUGGAAAACAAAACAAUCAUGAAUUUCGCAGACUACAUAUCGAAAUACGAUAGCGAAAUUAAGAAAAAAAAAGAAGAAGAAGAAAUUGUCAUCAUCUGCACCAUUGUCAAUAUACCCUACCAAGUAAGAAAGUACAAUAAUGAAAAAUUUAUUUUCUGGGACAUUUCCGAUUUGCAAAAUACACAAUCCAGGAUUUUCCUUACGGGAGAAAUUUGUGAACAAUUUCAAGCGGAAAAGGAAGGAGCCGUUAUAGCCCUUGUCAAUCCAGUUGUGAAGGACAAAGAUCCACAGUAUUACAACUCCAGGUUGUUAGAAGUGUUGGACAAAACAAAAUUAAAAGUUAUUGGAUUGAUUGAUAAAUUGGAAAGGUGUAAAGGAAGGAAGCGAAAUGGAGAAAGCUGCAAAAUUGUCAUCUACACACCGCUUUUUGGCCACUUUUGCAAGUAUCACGUUAAGCAAGAUCGAACAAAACGAGGGAAGAAAAAAUACGGUAAGAGCGGCAGGUAUGUGGAAGUAGGACCAAUUACGUGGGACGAAGGGGAACAGGUGGCAGCGGUGGACGAAGUGAACGAGGCGGAUGGAAAGGAAAACGGUUCAUCCACCACCACCACCGAGACAGAGAAGAAUAAAAGGAAGAAGAAGAAAAAAAAGGAAGACACCGGUGGUACGGGCGGUACAGACGCUACAGGAGGGGAAUCCUUCGACAUCGAAUCCAUCAUAGGCAUGUACACAAACAAAAUAGAGGUAAAGGAUAAAAAAAAAAAAAAGGAACUGGUGGAAAACAGAAUAAAAGAACUGGACAACUUUUCAAAGCUAACGAAUGAUGGACUAGAUCUGGAGAUCCUGAGCAGUAAGGAACCCACAGAAAAAGAAGAAGUCGCAACGUCCCAGAAGUCCGCCAACGAUAUCCUAACAAAACAGUGCCCUGAACUUAUACACUUAAUUAACAAAUCGAAUAAGGCGGAUGAAGACGAGCAGGAAGUUAGUCAAAAGGAAAAAUUAAGAAUUAAAGAAGAAUCUCGAAAAAAGAAGGAACAGCUAGCUGCAUCCAAUGAGGAAAAGCAAAAAAGGAAGUUUGAAAAUUUCCUAGUCAAAUUAAUUGAGUUACAGAAAUCGAAAGACGAAAAUGAUGUGAAGACUCUCUUGAAGGGGCUCAUUUACGUAACCAAUAAUUUCCAAUUUAACUUAAAACAUGUAAGCAGCUCCAACAUCUUUGAUGUAUGCUACAAGCUUAUGGAUCAUAGGAAUGAAGAUGUUGCCAUCGCGGCUCUGAAAUUCAAGAGGAAAAUUAACACCCUCUAUAUUGAUUACUACAAAGAUAAGCUUAAGAGGCAGAAAGUUAAGCAAUCUAAGAAGGACGGUUCGGAAGCUGCUCAUGUCGAGGUGGACAAAGGCGAAAAGGAUCAGCAGGUGUGUACAUAA